AUGCAGGAGAAGCAGCUUCAGCCGCAGCAGCCACAGCAGCAGCAGCAGCAGCAGCAGAGCCAAGCGCAACAGCAGCACACGCGUCACGAGGCGCAUCACGAGCUCCCAGCCACUCAUGCCACGUCAGAGCGGCCCGGCCGAGUGGUGGUGGAAGGCGAAAGCGUCGCGCCUUUUAUAGAGAAGCAACCCGGAAAGAUCGCCAUGCCCGCCCAGUCCGCUGAAUCUGCCGGCCGCGGCUCAUCUGAGACAGGCUUAUCUGAGGGCGGUGUAUCUGAGGGUGGUUUACCCAGUGGAGGUGGGUAUUCCGGCCUCGCUGCUCCUGCCAGGGAGGAAUUGGAAUCUUUGGAGGAGUUCAGAGUGGUUGGAAAGGGCGGGAAGGUCAAGGGGGGCGACAAAGGGGAGCCAGUGGAGCUGGAGACACGUGGCGUGCAGGGACUGGCGGAGGAGGAAGGAACUGCAGCACGGACCAAGGCAGAAGGAGGGAAAGCGCAUGAGCGUGCUCCGGGAGUUGCAAAGGAAGUUUCGGAGAAGGCUGGAGAGAUGCCAAAGGGGGGAACAGGAGCAGAGCAAGAGGGGGGGAAUCUGGCUGGGAAGACAGAAGAGGCAGGGGAGGAGGGGAAAAAGGGGACAGAGGCAGAGGGGAGGAAAGGAGCAGGGAUGAAGGGGAAAGAAGAGGCUGGGGCAAAGAAAGAAGAGGAGCCAGGGGCGGAAUCUGUUGUCAUGCGCGGGGUGGAUGAGGGGGAAGCUGGGGGGCGGCGCACUGGCGCUGGGGGGGCGGAAGGGGGGAUUGAGGCGCAGGAGACUGCUGGGUGGCAGGCAGAGAGGGGAGGCGAGGAGGUGAGACAGCUGGAGGAGGGGGUGGGGAAGCUGUCGCUGGGGGAGAGGGGGGAGCAGCAGAGCAGGGGGGAACCGGCAGGCGGGGAAGGGGCGGAAGGGGAAGGGGCGGGGGGGAAGGGGAUGCGCGGAGUGGAAGAAGGGCUGCAGAGGCUGACGGUUUCAGACGUGGGGGGGAUGAGGGGGCGCGGUGGGGAGGGGGAGAAGACAGUGGAAGGCGCGCAGGGUGAGAAGGCAGGGAAGGUAAUGGAGAAGGGGAAGGGUGGAGAGGGAGGGGUUUCUGGAACGCCUGAGGGGCAGCAGCCAGUGGAAGGGGUGGAACAGGGAAUGAGGAGGCUGGCAGUGUCUGCUCAAGGCGGGGAGAGUGGUGGGAAGGAACGGGAGGAGGGGGAGGUAGAAGGUGUGGGAGGGGUGACUGCAGGUGGAGGGGUUGUGGAGAGGGCUCAGGAUGUUGCCACGUCAGCUUGGACCAGCACCACUGGAGCGAUUGCAGAUACUGUCAAGGUGCUCGGUUCCCUCACUGGAUUCGCCCCCACCAGUACUGAAGUGCCUGCCAAUGCUGCCCGAGGCUCAGGUGUAGAAGGUGGUGCACAGGAGCGUACUGCACAAUCCCAGGAGGAGUGA